CUCCCCUGAGGGCUUCUAGAUCUAAGCCGAACCAGAAAACUUCUGCAGGGACUCUGUUUAGAACCGUCCCCUCACCAUGGUGGGUGACUUCCGGUGGGCGUGUGCAGGAGAUUUCUCUGCAGCUGGCCAAGGCAACCUGGGAACGGACUUGGAGGUCAGGGUCCAGUGUUGAAGGCGGGCUGGCCCUGCUCUGUGGCCCCCGAGUGGCCCUGGGCAGCACCCUCUGGCAGGAACUGCCACCCUUGGGAGUCUCCCAACCAGCUGUGAGAUCCUGGCUCAUGCCGGCGGGGCUCUGCCAGGAGGAAGCCGGCGGCAGGACCCUCGCGGGGGCCCCGGCUGGCACAGCAUGGAGCGCUCGAGCAAGAUGGAGUUCUUCCAGAAGCUGGGCUACAGCCGGGAGGACGUGGUCAGGGUGCUGGGCAAGCUGGGCGCAGACGCCCUGGUCAAUGACGUGCUGCAGGAGCUGAUCCAGACGGGCAGCCGGCCCAGCGCGCACGAGGGCAGCGCCGCACCCCUGCUCGUGCCCAGGGGCUCCUGCGGGACCCGGGACUCUGCCCAGUGCGGGCUGGGAGCGGACCCCGGAGAGGACAGCGGAGGCCCCGCCAGCUCCUUGAGACCCAUAGUGAUCGACGGCAGCAACGUGGCCAUGAGCCAUGGGAAUAAAGAAGUCUUCUCUUGCCGGGGAAUCCAGCUGGCCGUGGACUGGUUUAGGGACAGAGGACACAGCUGCAUCAAGGUUUUUGUCCCCUCCUGGAGGAAAGAGCCACCGAGGCCUGACUCCCCGAUUAGAGAGCAGCACGUGUUGGAGGAGCUGGAGAGGCAGGCGGUGCUGGUGUACACGCCGUCCCGCAAGGUGAGCGGCAAGCGCGUGGUGUGCUAUGACGACCGCUACAUCGUGAAGCUGGCCUACGAGCAGGACGGCGUCAUCGUCUCCAACGACAACUACCGCGACCUGCAGAGUGAGAACCCCGAGUGGAAGUGGUUCAUCGAGCAGAGGCUGCUUAUGUUCUCCUUUGUCAACGAUCGGUUCAUGCCUCCUGAUGACCCCCUGGGCCGUCGGGGACCCACCUUGAGCAACUUUCUGAGCAGGAAGCCAAAGCCCCCAGAGCCGUCCUGGCAGCACUGCCCCUACGGCAAGAAAUGCACCUACGGCAUCAAGUGCAAGUUCUACCACCCAGAGAGGCCGCACCAGGCGCAGCUGGCGGUGGCCGACGAGCUCCGCGCUCAAACGCGGGCCUGGCGGGGCGCGGGCGGCGAGGAGGAGCGACGGGGGAGCGCACACGCGGCCAGCCUGGCGGAGCAGGGCGGCUCCCGGGACGCCCCUGCCGCCCGGCCCGGUCCCCGGGAGCCCGGCACGCGCAGCCUGCCCCCCGCGCGGCGGUCGGCGGGCGUGGCGACUCUCGAAAGCAGCUUCUCGCGGCUCUUCCUGAGCGACGACCCGGGGCUUCUCCGGGUGCCCCCUCGGGGUCCCGGCUGUGGCCUCGCGCCCGGGCCGCACGGUCCCGAUUGGGUGGCACCCGGGUCCCUGUCGCCCCUGCCAGCCCCAUCCGGCCUCCUGAGCCAGCCCGGCCUGCGGGGUGGGUAUGGCGCCUGCGCCCCGCAGAGCGACCGGCGCUCCCCGCGCCAGCAGCCGGGCGACCCGUGGGUCCUUCCUCCAGGCUCUGGCCAGCUCCCGGGCCGCUCGGCCUGGGCCGAGUCGGAAUGGGACGACGGUGCCUUCGGGGGGCCCUUGAGGCCCGCUCCCCAGGCUGUAGCUGGCGAGGUGGGCGCGCGCGCCCGGGCGCGCACCGCACUCUGCAGUAUCUUCCCGCCCCACGAGGUGGACAGCAUCAUGGCCCUGUUCCCCGAGCUCUCCGACGUGGCCAGGCUCAUGCUCCUCAUCCAGAGAUUCCAAAGGUCCGGUGAACCCGUGGGGAAGCGCUGAGGAGCUAGUGGAAGCCACCGCGUGUGAUGACCCAGUCUUGCCUUGUACCCUAACUGGGCUGGUGGCGAAGAUCAGCCGGCACCUGGGCCGGCCCACCCUGUGGAGCCAGCCCCUUUUGCUUUAAAGAUGGUCAGUUCCCUGGAGGAGGCCAGCUUCAUCACCCUUUGUGGUGCCCAUGGCGGUGAUUGAUGACCUUCACUGAUGACACAGGGGCUGCUGCUGAAAGUCCAUGUCCUGCAGAAUAAGGUUGACCUUAUGUGGCAGGAGUGAUUUCUCCUGCCUGAAGACUAGGAGGCCCACUAGGUCCCCAAGGUUUUGUCCAGAGCACUCCAUGGCUGUUUUUGUCCUGCUACAACUGGGAGUCCUAAGUUGGUCACAAGAUCAAUUUAGUGAGUGACACCUGAAAUAGAGUGAAAUAGGAAAUCGCAGAGCAUACCCCACUUAAACAGGCUAAGUAGGAAAUUCUUCUGUUAGCUACCAGUGUGCUUGGUAGCUAUAUAUAUUCUCGGCUUCCAUGGACAGAGGAGUCCGGCUGGCCCAUAGGGUCAUAUAGAGUGGGACAGUCUAUACGAAGCUACUUAGCACGCACACACACAUAGAGCCAUGUGAACUUAAUGUGGGAUGUGGGCAAAAGGGGGAAAACUGGUAAAAGGCCUUGGAUUUCAUUGCAGCAGAUCAAGUGUGAAAUCUGUCGUCAGUUUGCCAGUGGAGAUGUUGGCACCUGGAGGUUUUCAUAUGAGCUGUUUCUAACCUCUGAGGGGAACCCAGAGUUCUCGCUUCCAUGUAUGGGCCCUCCUUGUCACUCUGAGAUUGUGUGGCUGUGCUGGUUUGUGGAGGUGUGGCGGGUGGUAGUUUCCAGCCCAGGCCCUCUACUGGCCAAGCCUUCUGAGCCACACCUCAGAGCUGAGCCCAAUCCUGGUGAGUUAGGACUUUUGCUCAGAAACCUCCAGGGGGAUCUGAGGAGAGCUCGGAUGAGCCUCUCAGUCUAUGAGGUUUCUCGCCACCUCAGCCAUUGCUGUUUCUCCUAGCUAGCUACUGCUUUGAGUUUGGGGAGGGGAGGGCUUACCUAUUUGCCCUAGACAGAGAUGAGGCAGUGCUGCCAGGAUGCAGGCCCUGUAUCCUCUGGAGCCCUGGCAGCUCUGGGUGGCAUCUACCCAUUCACUCUGGGGUACCAGUCCAACUCACAGAUCUUGGCUGCUUUGUUUUUGAGAAGACCUGAGGCAUCUCCCAGCGGAAAUCCACCUCCCAGACCCCAGCAAGACUGCAGACUGGCAAGCACUACCAGGGUUUCCCCUGGAGAAUCUGCUUCUGUGCCCUUCAGUAUGGUCAAUGCUGCCUUUAGAGAUACAGAGAUGAUGUAUUUCCUGCAAACCCUUUCAUCUUUUUAAACCAGAUUCUUAGUGUGGUUUCAGUCAGAUCUCUUCCUUGCCUCUUUUUUUCCAAAGAGGAAACACACAGAAUUGUACCUUAGUAUUUUGAGACCAUGGUCCUGAAAAAGACCCAGUCUUUCUAGACAAAUUGGAUUUCCCUCACGGUGGUUUUUAUUUUCUUUUCGACAAGACAAGCUUUCUGGUAGAGCUGCUUUUGUCUGUUGGGUCUGUGUCCUGACUUGGAAUUGUUGUGUUGCCGAUAUACAAUAAGGAAUGUUUAAACUGCUUCCUUUGAGGACAAGUUUGAGUUUUAGUAAGCUGUAAAGCUAUUUUAUUUGGUUCACUGUGAUUAAGACAAGCAAAAAACAUGUGAAGAAACAGCACAUUUCAAUGUAAUCCCCUUUGGAAUUUUUUCCAAAGUCUUGGUAUGUCUUUGUGACACAAAACAUGAAUGGGAUGGGAGUGAAUAGAAUGUUCCUAGUUGCAUAGCUGUUAUUGUGUUCCAAGAAUAAAUCAUUUUUUUCCUGCA